CUCUCUCUCUCUCUCUUUCUUCUUCGAGAGAGCGCGCGACUUGCUCGAGAGUCAUCCUCUCCGCACUUGGUCUGUACGCAAAAAGCCGCCCGGCACGCGAUGCCGGAAGACAAUUAUUACAUCGUCCGCGCAAAAUGCUCCUCGCGCGAUUAAGCGAAAUUGUCCGCCGCAAUUUGGAGAAUUUUAAUCGUCGGCUGUGAUUGCGACUUGUCGCACUUGCGAAGGCCAAUUUCAAUGACCAGUUAGGCCUCACGGCAUAUGAUUUAUUGCUUAUUACUUGCUGUAUCAUUAAAAUACAGCGACGCGCGACGAUUUGAUGCAAGUUAUUACAGAAUAAUCCGAACGUCCCGGGUAAGACUAGGUUCAGGUGCAACUUCGCGUGAUGGCACGCGGCGAUUUAUGAAAAUGCGACGUUUUUCCUUAGAUAGGAGGUUCUCUGUCCUUUAGACUGCUUGGGAAGCAGUAAGAAAAGUGACUGCAUGGGUUUUUGAACGACUAUUGCUCUAUUAUAGAUAAAUUCACGAGGGCGGCGGGCAGUAACGGGGUGAAUUCUUCAUACGUCGGGGGAACAAUAUGCUCUCGAGUUACGGAGAAUUUUUCUCCAGGCACAUAUUGCGACGGCUCUUAUCGUUUCACGUUAGGGGAAUUCCAUUUGGAGACAUCGUGCGUUUUUUUUUCUUCCUCGCGUUCGUUAUAUUCGAGCCACAGCCGAUCAAGAUUCAUACAUACACGACGACGAGGUUCUUUUAUCGUUAUGGGUUAUCAGUCUAAUUCUCUUCGCCGGUUGUCGUUCGCAGAAAUAGGAUUACUUAGCCGGACUUGAUUUCGAACAUCUGUCUAAUUUUCAUACAAAUUGACGUGAGCAAAAACCGUAGUAGCAAAUGUCGUUAGGAUACUGAAAUGUAGAAAAACAAUCUCAUUUGCUCAUUAAGACAUACGCGUUAUGUAACGUAUUUACCAAUCAUUCUCCAUUUAAACGCAGUCAUUUGUCAAACAAUCACUGAAUGUAACAAUGUAGAUUAUGUAGUGCCUAUUGACGUGCGGUAAUUUAAUUAAUCGAAGACAUAUGUAAAUGAUCAUCGCAAUUGAAGAGUUUGCAGGAAUAACACGGCAACCUUGACUGCAAAUCGAAUUUCGUAUGAGCAUAACGUUUCAUUCCGUGAGAUUGAUAUCUACGCAGUUUAAUUUUUUUUUUUUACUAUUAUUAGAGUGCUAUUGGUGGAACAACAUUGACGUACUCUUUUACGUAAUCACACAUGCAUUACGCGGAACAACAAAUCGAUGGAAGCUCUAUAUCUGCACUUAUAGAUUUAUUCUAUUUCGAGAACAAAGUUGAUUUCGCGGAUGUAUGUUUGUGAAACUUUAAUUACGGGUUACGCGUAUUUAAAUCCCGCGAUAAGCAAACGUUGCCUUACACGUCGCAAAUACACUCGUUAUCUUGUUUAAUAUGUUUUCUAUUGACGCGUAUAUAAUUUGCAGUGCACAUUGCGUAUCAGGGAAAACGCGUAUCGAUAUACAUAUCGCAGUGCCAUUUAUCGAUGACCGUCGUCACGGUCAUUGAACGUGUUAAUCGAAUAUCUGGUAAAUGGACGUUGCCGCGGCUUUAAUUACGUUACGUAUUGAAACUGCGCGUUUGAUAUGUUACGAUGACACGCUCGUGGUGUCUCUCAUUAGUAAUCUAUCCGUGCAAGAGGAUGUGUUUUUAAAUUUUUAAAUUCAGUACGAGACACAUACAUACAUGUACAAUACAGAUGACUGCCACGCAGUGUCGUGCGCCGUCACGUGACAAAUAAACGUCUCGUUUCCGCUCUUGUCCCUAUCGACCUACCGUUUUAGGCCGGAGGAGACUGACUCCUCUUCGCUUCUCCGAGGAGUCGAUCUGCAAUCCGAAAGUUGUCAGGCGCACAUCGCGCAGAGCCUUAAUGGAAUUUGAAUGUCGUUAGCCGAAGUAACCGGGCGUAAGGAAGGGACGUUAUCCCCAUUUACCUCCGUCGCUCUGUACAGUACGCGAGAGAGACUCGCCAAGUUUAUUGGAGCACGAAAAUACGCUCGCUUCGUCGAUCGUGUCCUUUGGUAGUUUAGGAUCGUCUGACACUUGCUUGCGAGCCCGCGGGAACACGGCGCUGUAAUUAGCGUGUCCGUUAUGUCGUUUCGCCAUUAACGCUCGUCUUGCAUGUGCGCGACACAAAGACGGUUAUUUACUUAGUUCUGGUUCAAAGGGAUCUCUCGGCGACAGAAUGUCCGAAAUUGACGUCCGACCGAGAGGCUGGUUCUGUAAUUUUCUUGAAUCUUACCUUUUAUUUUUGAUAACCGUUGAUUAUUUCACUUCUAACUUUUUCUUAUAAUAUUAUUUAUAAAUUAUAAUGUUAUUUAUAAUAUUAUUUACAAUUUAUUUGUUACAAUAUUAUUUGUUAUAAUAUUUAUAAUUAUUUUUAAUGUACCGCGUAGAAAAGUGAGCGAGAGAACAGAAUAGCGAUUAGAAGCGAAAAUUUCACCGCGUGAAAUGAUCAUUUGGCAAUCACGCGUAUUAUGACGCCAAUUCGGAGUAAUCCACAGCAAUCUUAUAAAACCGACCGUAUAAAAGGUCUCGAAAUUCCGCUUGAAUAGAAUUUGUACGGAACGGCGAGGAAGGAUGAAAAAUGAAGAGAAUGGAAAAGGCUUCUCGACAUAUAUACUGGGUCACGAGCGCCUUACGACUGGUUUACGAUUAGCCGAUUUUCCAUUCCUCAUGCUCUCUAUUGUGCAAUGCGUCUAACUGCAACGUUGGGAUAAUGAUGCACUGCAUGCGUGACUUGAUCAUUAGAUUAGAAAUGAACACAGUGAAUUGAGGGAGCUGCGUGAUAGUUUCUGGGUUGUAUGCAUGACAAAUUUUUUAUUGUUUUUCCGCGGUAAUGUUAUACAAUAAAAACAUGUUUACGUUUAACGUACACGCGAUUUGACUCUACAUUAGUGCCGUAGAAUCACGCCGUUAUGAAAACGGUAAUAAUGGAACCGUCAUAUAUCUUUCUUUUAUUAGAAUGAAUAUAGCGGGGGACAUUAAAGAAGAAUGAAUAUCGCUAACGAAGCGAGGCGAAGGAGGGCGCAGUCGUUUCUCUCGAUGGUAUGCCGAAAAUCGUCGUUUAACCGUCCCGACAAAUCGCUAAAUGAGAAUGACGGAGAACGAACGGAGUUCCACCGCCGAACUUUACCGUAGGAGGAUUCACCAGUACGCCGCUGCUGCCGCAGGUUUCCCCCUUUGCGUAAGAUAGUCGAUUUCAGGGGAGCUGAUAAAUUUUUCGGGGUAACCUUUUUUUUUUUUUUUUUUCUUUUAAAUCUCGCGAUACAUUCGUGCGCGACGACGCGUUUGCGUGCUAAAUUGCGGCUCAUCAAACGAUGUGCACGACGUUGAGAGUCAAGGGGUUAAUGACUGUGAGCAAUCGCACGAGUCGUCGUCGCGGCGACAAUGACGGGCGACAACGGCGAAUGCGGCUGGGAGAGAACACGCGGAGGGCACACAUUGGAGAACAUGUCGGCGGAAUUAUUAAAUGCCGCCGUAGCGCUAUAAUGAACAUCCGGUGAGAAAGAGAGAGAGAAAAAAAAGAAUGUCGGACAACGGGCAGGGCGCGGAGGAAGCGUCGUUUCAAGUGCUUUAAAGAACGGCCGCGGUUACGGACGCGCCGGUUACGGGGCGAACAAAUCGCCAUACGUGUAACGUAAAUUCCUGAUGGCCGUGUGGUGUUCGCGGUCAACGAACUCCUUUCCUUCUUUCGCGAGCAGCCUGCAUGGGUGGAUUCUCGUUGGGAUGCGGCCUCGGUUGGAGCGCGCCGUGCGUCGAAAUAUUGAGGAGCCAGUUGGACGACUUCAAGAUAAACGUGAUCGCAUCGGUGUUCCCGAUAGGCGCGGCGCUAGGCACUCUCACUGUGCCCCUGCUGGUUGACAGGAUCGGCCGGAAGUGGACGAUGAUGGCCUUGGUGCCGGUCUUCGUCGGCGGCUGGAUUCUGCUGAUCUGCGCGGGCACGCUAGUGCCGAUGUUCGUACUCGGCAGGAUCGUGACCGGCGCCUGCGGCGGCAUGUGCUGCGUCCUGGCGCCCAUGUACUCCGCGGAAAUCUCCGAGAAACAUAUCAGAGGUAACAUAUCGCUUUGCCUGCGCGAUUAAUCCUAGACUCUUGCAAGUAGCGCGGGUUGAGUCAUUUGUUUACGGUAUAUUUGAGUAAAAUACAUCUUGUUAUUCAUUUCAAUAUGGUAUUUAUUAAAAAUACAUUGUAGCAUCUCUAGUACGCAAUACAUUGGCUAAUAUUGACUAAGCAUUAGUUAUAUUGGGAGUGCAUUUGUCAAUGUUAUCAAUAUACGGUCAAUAUUAGUCGUAAAAUAUUGGUUGCACAAAUUUCAUGCAAUUAAUAUGUAAUAUGAAAAAUUGAAUAAUCUAACAUUAGUCCAAUAUUAAAUCAAUAUUGAAUCAAUAUUACUGUUAAAUAAGGUGAAGCGUCUGCUUUAAAAUAUUGGACCAAUAUUGGGGCUAUUGCAUUUACAUUACUUCCUAAUAUUAUGUCAAUGUUUUAUGCUACUAGGUACAUGUAAUCCGUAUAAAUAGAUCCAUUUAAAAUACACUUUGUCGUGAGAUAAAAACAAUUUGGAAUGCGGAUGAUUCAACGUGUAAUAAUGACGCUUAGUCCGUAAUGUGGAUAAUCGGGACGCGGAAUAAGACGGCUUGCUGAGUGAUAUUAUUAGUGCCUAUCAUCGUUCAGCACGAGCUCGUUCUCCUUGCAUCGCUAAUGCGCGUGUACGCGAUUUACCGUCGCUUAGCCGAGCGACGAGAGGCAAAGAAGAAGUAGCAGCUUCAUUAUGCGGUUCUUCCUUUCCCGUAACAGGGACGACGGGCGUCUUCUUCCAGUUGCUGCUCGUGCUCGGUAUACUGUACGUGUACUGCACCGGUUUCACGCGAGAUGUAGUCGCGAUAUCCAGCCUCUGUUGCAUCGCGUCGAUCGUGUUCGGCGUGGCGAUGG